AUGAAGUACGGAGUAAAUUAUUUGAUUUUCGUUUUAUUUUUAUUUAAUUUUGCUCAAAUAUGUAACGGUGCAUAUGUAAAAAAAAGUGUAGAAGACAACCGAGACGACGAUAUCACAGACGAAUCGUUAGAGAUAGCUGGCGAAGCAGAAGUUAGUAAUGUCACAAGCUGCACGAGAAGAAAAAAUAGCCAAAUGCAUGAAAUUAACAAGGCAUCUGAAAAUCAAUUUCCAUUUAUGGUAGCAAUCAUGUCGCCUCGCAAUGAAUACGUGUGUGCAGGUUCCUUAAUCUCUAAUGGGUUAAUACUUACCACCGCUCAAUGCACUGAAUCUACAAGUUACGUGUUAGUUAAUACUACGAGUGAUAAAAAAAAUAAUAACACUAUCUCAUUGCAUAUAAUUAAAAACGAAAAAUUUCCUACCUAUACUGGAAUCCACUCGAUAAAAGAUGUUGCUGUUAUUUAUACCGAAAAACAUAACAAUACAAUUGCGUCAAAAAUCAACAUCAGCAAUUACACUAGCUCGAAUACUUUAAGCGGUAUAGAAGCCCUUGGAUUUGGCUUAAAUGUUGACGUUGGCCAUAUAAGAGAACUUCAAUAUGUCGGUGUAGAUGUAAGAGAUGUUAGUGGUGACAAAAUUAAAGGUUACAUCGAUUGUAUUGAUACAAAAGUCCCCACCUGUUUUAGAGAUAAAGGAGGGCCUCUGAUUUUUAACAAUGAACUUAUAGGCUUAAUAACUACAGGCCAAAAUGAAUGUACAAAUGAAAUUUUUUCAACUUAUGCUAUAAACAAACAAUUAGUAGAGGCUUUGCCAGCAUUCACAUUUAAAGCUUGGCUAGAUGAAAAAAUUGCCAAAAAUGCUGAAAAAGAAGAAGAACUUUUGGAGACAUAUCCAAUGAAACCUAUAACGCGAAAGGCGUCAGUCCAUGUCAUGACUAGCGGAGGGGAAUUAAAGAAAAGUACUGUCAUGUCUAUUUUGAUGUUAUUAUGUUUAGAAUUCGAUUAA